AUGCAUCCCUCAUUCAUACCUUUCUGUCCUUUAAAUUGGAAAGUCAAGAGAAGAACAUUCAGCAAAGCGAUGAAUCGAAGAUUGACGAUAAGCCAUAAGAAUAAUAAUAAUAUGAAUAAUAAACAAAAGAUGGUUCAACUCGAUAUACGGGAACCGUCGCCCCUUUUUCUUAUUCAUUUCAUUUCACGAAUUUUCUUGUGUUCCGCCGAGAAAAGGAUAAGAAAACUAUUUUCAAGUAAGAAGAUGUCCCGUUUCUGGCCAUCUUCUAUUGCCCUUUUUUCAAUUCUUCUGAUUUCGAUUCAACAGACCCUUGCAUGUGUGGAUAUUUUAUUCGUGAUUGAUAAUAAAACAUUAGAGGUUUCAAGAAGUAGAGCAAUUCAAGUAGCAAAGGAGCUUCCGGAGGACCAAAAAAUUCGAAAAUGGGUUGUUCUUUCUAGAAACGAUCGAUAUGUGCCAAGAGUUCUUCGAAAUAACGCCGAGUUACAAACAGUAUUGAAUACAAUACAUGGAGAUUAUGAUAGAUUUUUAGAAAUUGCAACUGGAGAAAUAGCACGAAGAACUGCAACUUUCCAACCGUUUGUGAUUCUCCUGUUUUCGGAAACUCCAGUUAAUCAAACAAUGACUAAUAUGUGGAGAAAUAUCUCAUUGGCUCCGGCACUUCACAUUUAUAGAAUUGGAAGUUUGCAAAGGUCAACUAAAAUGCUAUCUGAAGAUCAGGAAAUGGAUUUCGAGAAGCUCAUUGAAUGUGGCCGUAAUCAAUCAAGUCUCUUCGGGUUUGAUUCCAGCAAGUUCCACGGUGGAAAUGAAAUUCGAAGAUCUCCAACAUCAACUCAUCGUCCAUGGACAUCGACUCGGGGGCCAUUUGUUCGUCGUCUUACAUUUUAUGAUGCUUCACAGGCAUUGAUAAAUCAAAAGAAAAAGGAGGAGCUGUCGAAGGUUGAUACGAAAUUUACGAUUACAAGAACGUUCAAGAAAAUGACAACAAUUCCAAUGAGCACAACAAGAAGAAUGACGACCACUACAAUCCGUCCUAAAACAACAAAAAAGUAUUUGAGUCGAUCUACAAGCAAAUACGAUGCAAAAAAGACUACUCGAAGCUACCAAACAACUACAAGGAGUGUGCAACCUCGUAAAGCAACUACAAAACCUCGUUCAUUGGCAUUAACAAGCAGGAAUCCGCAUUCUCAACAGAAAAGUGUUCAAGUUUCAUCGAAAAGGUCUACCACGUCUCGGAUGAAGACAACUACAAAAACGCCUCGGUGGGCUACUACAACUAGGGCUUCACAAUCUCGCGGGACAACUACCAAAACACCAAUGACAACCAGAUUUACUAGAACAAUGCAAACAACACGGACUCCGUGGUGGGUAACAACAAGGUGGGAAGCUAAGAUUUUAGUUAAGUUGAUAAAAAAAUUUAGUAGGUCUGUGCAUCUGUCGGCGACAAACACGACUAGCAAACAAAUUACUACUACCAGAACUCCUCGGCGAGCAGUUGCUACCUCAAAAGUUCCUUGGUGGUCCACAACUAGCAGGGCUGCAAAGCAUACAACUACUAAUGUUCCGUGGUGGGCCACAGGAACGAGAAGGCCUAAAGUCAUUGAUCGAAACCUACUGAAUUCACCGUUACGCGAACAAUUUCGAACAAGGCAGCCGUCUUUAUCAGGGAUCACGAGGGGCUCCACAAUCUCAAAAGACUACCACAAAAACUUCAUGAUGGGCUACAACUACAAGGUACCAACUUCUGAGCCACGAAACUCCGGGAAACUACUACAAUUGUUCCAUGGUGGGCUACCUCAACCAGACGUCCACAGUAUUUUGCAACUACUACACGACCCCGUUUGUGGGUUACCAUCAGAUGUGAACGUUUUUGACAGAGCGCCACAGGGACAAGUUACGACCACAAGAGUUCCGUGGUGGAAAACUACGUCCAGACCAGCCCAGACUUCUACCUUGACGACAAGAGUACCGUGGUGGGCUACAACCAGGGCUCCUGAAUCAGGAAAGAGUUCUACAAGAAUCCCAUGGUGGGCGACCACAACAAGAGCUCCGUAUCCUACUACUACCACUCGCAAAACUACGACUAGAACUCCAUGGUGGAGUUCUCAAAUCACACGUUCGCCGUUGCGAACAACUAGCAAGCCUGACAAUACAUUUUGGCAUCCGACCGAAUCAUUCGGAACAACUCGUUCCCCAGCUCCUGUGUCUACAAUUGAUUCUCCAUUGAAGCCAGAAGUUCCAGUUAUCAAACCAAUGGAUUUUAUGGUUCGAUCAAGAAGUGUUCAAUUUGCAAUGACUGAAAAGCCACCUUUUACAACAGUCAUGAAUCCAAUGAAAUUUUUCACAACGACAAGAACCCCAAUUACUAAACCUAAGCCUUUAAUACCGUACAGUUGUACUGCAGAUGUAUUCUUUUUGGUAGACGUUUCUCAAGGAACUGGAGAUAAAAGUCAACAGUACUUAGAUAUUGCUGCAUCAGCAAUCAGUUCUCUUCCAAUUUCACAAGAUACUGUGCGCGUCGGAUUGAUAAGUUAUUCUGGUCCUGGAAGAACUCAUGUUCGAGUUUUCUUGGAUAAGCACAAUGAAAAAGAAAAACUUAUUGAAGAAAUGUUCCUAAUGGAACGCCACGGUGGAACAACUCGAACAGCCGAUGCAAUUCGAUACGCUACCAAGAUUUUUGAGGGGAAAGCUCAUCCGGCAAGGAAAAAUGUGAAGAAAGUAUUAGUUGUAUUUACUGAUGGAUAUUCACAAGACAAUCCUAAAGAGGCAUCAAGAAUGGCUAGAGCAAAAGGCAUUCAGUUGAUUGCAGUGGCGGUUAAAGAUAGAUUGGCACCUCCAGAUACAGAACAACUAACAGAAAUUGGAGGGAAUGGGAGGAGCAUCUUUAUCUCACCUUCCGGACGAGAUCUUCGCGAAAAAAUAAUUGGGACGCAGUGCCAAAUGUAA